AUGUCUGACACGGGUCUCCCCACCGGCUGGGAAGUGCGACACUCCAACUCCAAGAACCUCCCCUACUACUUCAAUGCUGCCGACAAGGUCUCGCGCUGGGAGCCGCCCGCAGGAACCGACACGGAGAAGCUGAAGCACUACAUGGCCACCCACCACAGCGCCAGUCUCGGCGCUAGGCCCCAGGCCGUCCCCGUCCCCGAGGGCAAGAUCCGCGCCGCCCAUCUCCUGGUCAAGCACAAGGGCAGCCGACGCCCAUCGAGCUGGAGGGAGGCCGACAUCACCCGCAGCAAGGAGGAAGCCCUUGAGAUCCUCAAGGCACACGAGGAAAAGAUCAAGUCUGGCCAGACCUCCCUUGGAGAGCUCGCCUUGACCGAGUCCGACUGCAGCAGCGCCCGUAAGAGGGGUGACCUGGGCUACUUCGGCAAGGGCGAUAUGCAAAAGGAGUUUGAGGACGCUGCUUUUGGCCUCAACCCGGGCGAGAUUAGCAGCAUUGUCGAGACAGCAAGUGGAUUGCACUUGAUUGAGAGACUGGAGUAG